CAUAUAUGCUGCUCUUGUCAUUUGCUGUCUGCCUUCCUUUCUGACACACACUGAGGCAGCAGUGAUGGCAGACACAACUGCUUUGCCACUUCAGCAAUUAAUUGCAUCUUUGGACAACACUUGUUUGCCAAAAAUUCUACAAGUUUGCUCUGGAGUUUAUUUCCAAGGGUCUAUAUAUGAGAUUUCUGGGAGUGAGGUAUGCUUUUCCACUGGGGAUCUAAUAAAGGUCAUUGGCAUUGAGCUCUUAUCAGUUUGCUGUGAAGACAUCGACAACAAUGAGAAGUUUGAGCUGCCUAUCAACCACACAGGCUUAUUCAAGGUUGUUCCAGAGGAGAUGCCAUACAACACAGUCGAGGAGAUGGUUAGUCUGAGGCCUGUGGGUCUGGACUCCUGCCUUCCCUUCACUUUCACCAGCCGCUCCAAGAUGACCUUUGAUAAUUUCACUGUUGGGGCCGGGACAGCUUUGACAGUGCUCUCCAUUGAACAUAACACGGGUCAGGAGGAUCAGGUGCGCUGCCAUGUUCAAGGACAACAGGAGGCCUCUGCAGAAGUGCAUAUCCCACUUUCUUCCCACGGGCAGUUCAUUGAGUGCGAGAGCGUGGAGCGCUUCACUCUGCGGGAGAUCAUGUCCUCGCCCUGCCUGCGUAGUCGAAAGUUCCGCUUUGUCAACACCACCAAGUGUGAACGACCCCUUGUUCUCACUCCCAUAUACCAGGUCAACGCCAUCAUGCACUUGAGGAAGAAUAUAUUGAAGUUUCCCUCCAGCUUAGAGGUGGAUGUGGUCGAUGUCACUGAGCUGUGUAAGGAUGUGAAUUUUGUGACUCCGCUCAGUCUGACAGAGGUCCUUUCCAAGCCAGAGGAGUCCUUCCCUGCAGUAGUGGAGAUACUAGAAGGCCCAGAGACCCGCUCUCUGUUCAAGUGCAGCUGGCUGCCACAAAUUAGCCAGAACAGCCACCUGGUUUUCCACAAGGUAGGAACCUCAGCCAUGGUUUUGUUAUCCAGCUUGAAGGGCCGAAAGACACAGCAGUACUUCCUGGUAUCUCAGCAAUACGGUGGACGAUUUCGGAGGCGGCCAAGAGAGUUUAACUCAGUGUACGAGCUGUAUGUUGCUUCAGUUCAGGCACCAGGUCUGAAGUUCAGUGUGACAAGGAACUGUGACGAAGUCGAGGAGGAGGGCCUGCCUGCCCUCAGUGUGGGGGAACAGCUGGAGAUUGUUCGCUGCGAAAGGAUGGAGUUGCCUUGUGGAAGUAGCACGGGACAGAAGCAGUCCGUCGAGGCCCUUUUGUGUCAGCGUCUCCAAGAGGCGGAUGAUGGAGAUGAGAACGAUGAUGAUGAAGAGGAGGUCAAGCAGGAGGAUGAGAGAGAGGAGAUCUUUCUGCCUCUGUACAUGCAGGGUCACUUUGUGGAGGUGCUCACUGAUAACAAGAAGUACAAACUCAGGGACCUGGGCAAGGAGUUUAACCUGCCGCUGGAUGUUAAAGUCGUGAGCCGUGAUACUGAACUCGAGACUGAUCCACUAUCCGGGUUUGCAUGUCUCAGAAUAGAGGGGGCUAUGUUAGAGCCCACCAUCCAGGCAAGCUUUCCAAACAAGCCAGACCACUGUUUUGAGAUCCCAACCCAGUGGCUCUCUAUGUCUGUCUCUUUCACCAGAGACCCCCUGCCAUGGCCCAGCGGUGAGCCUCCUAAGUGGCAUGUGGACAGGGUUACUGAGGUGACAGACACGUUCUUUUAUGAAUAUCGCAAACAGGGGAACUCAGAUGCGGCUCCUCCACCUCGACCACCAAAGCGAAAUCUGACGUCUUCAAAGUCCUGCAAAAAAGCAUCAAAAUCCUCGAAGAAAUCAUCCAAGGGAGACAAGUCCAAACAUCGACCAGACAAAAGCACCCCAACCAAAGAGUUAGCUAAUUUGACUUUAAAUACCAAAAAGAGGCCCCCAGCUCCCCCACCUCCAGCUAUCUUAGAUGAUCAGCCUCCACCGAUCGUACCCCGAAAGCACUCAGCAGCUGAAGUGACAACAGGGAAGGCUCUGCCCAACACCUAUGUGGAAAGGGAGGACUCUAAGAAAAAAGUGCUGGUGUGUGAAGUCGAAGCAGAUGUGGACAGCGACCACGACUAUGAAACUGUGGACGACAAUUUGGUGGCAAUGAUGAAGGCAGCCCAAGAGAAUGUCAUGUUUUACUAAAAUGUUCUACAGCAACAGUGAAAUAUUAUUAUAUUAAGUAUUUACUGUUGUAGUAUUUGUCGAAAUGUUAUUGUACCUUUUGUAUUUUUUGUUCAAACUUCACAGCAAAUAGUUGAUCUAACGUAUAUGGUAGUUUUUUUGGGGGGGUUGUAGCUUGUAGUUUUGUAUACAAUACCAUUAUAUUGUGCAAUACUAGCUGUUACUGUACAUAGUCCAUCCUGGAACAAAACAGCAAGGCUCUACAGUAUAAUACAGUCCUUAUAUGAUGCAAGAAACAACACCCUAAAAAAUGACCAGAGUUAAAUCAAUAUCUUGUAUCAAAAAAAAUGCACAUUUAUAAGCUUCACAAAUGUGAUCGUACAGGCAUUUAAUGCAUGUCAAACUCCUACAGUAUAUAUGCAAACUCUAAACAGAGAGGGCUCAAACCAGUCCUUGUUUGGAGGCAACAGUCCUAACCACAAACAUGACAAAAUGGCUGCUUCUCAUAUGCUAGCGCUAGAAGCUCUUAUAGCUGUAACGGCAAACUAUUGAUCUGAGAGUACAAAAAGGUGCUACACAUUGUAUGUAUUCCUGUUUUUUUGUUUUGUUUUGCUUCAUUGAAAUAACUUGUUGGACUUCCUUUUAAUUAUAUGGACUGCGAGCCUUUAUAAUAGACAAUUUCCUUCAGUGUGCUAUGUUCAUUUAUUUUACCGCUGAAACCAAUACGUAUGUAAUACAAUUGCAAAACUGGAGGUGCAUUUUAUACUUAAGACAUUUUUUUUUCUCCAUCUUUAUAAGAUGUGGCUUCAGAAUGCACUCACACCUAUUUAAUUAAUUCAUAUUUUAAAAGCUUUUUUACUAUGUGAACCAGUAAGGCUGUAUAGACGGAUUUCUGCAUCAUGCCCAGUCAACUUAAUGUGCCACAGCUGGACACAAUCAAGUAAACAUCUCAAGUGUGACCUUAAAUACAAGUGGUUAAAUUCAGUUUGUGGUCUCACAGCUAUGAAUACACAUGUAAAUUUAGUAUCUGUGCAGGGGUGGGUGGGUGGGUAACUGUCUUAGAUGAAGGUUUAAUGUGACAAAAUGUGGAAAAGUGAAAUGGCUUGAAUGAUUUCUAAACCCACUGUCUAGACUAUAUCCAUUAAGGAUAUAACAAAGUUAUAUAGAAAAAUGAGUAAUAUGUGUAAAUUAUGAAACAAAAGAGUUCUGGUAGAUGACCCAACUGUACUUUGUAUAAUCUUUUAAUUUUGGCAGAAGUAUGUUACAUAGACAAAAACUGAGUGCUUAUGUUCCAAGUCUUUAAAAUAUGAAAAUGCUUUACAAUGGAGAUGGGGAAUUCAGAAUAGUAUUAACAGCUUCUUAAACAGCAAAACCCCCUGGACUUACAAGCAGAAGCAGAAGCAAUUUGAGGAAUACAGGAGGUGUAAAGGUCUUACUAAAUAUAAAGCAUGUUUUUUUUUUUCUUCAACUAACAACCACCACAGUACCUUAACAGAGAAGGCCUUAUUUCACUCAGUUCGCUGGCAUUAAUGAGGUCAGAGGGAUAGUGAUUUAGUGGAUAGAUUUCAGUUAUAAAACCAAUACUAAUGAUUUUUAUCAGGUUAAAUUCACAUAAGUAAACCCACUAGUGCUAAGAAGGUGAAGGGGUCUAUUCAUCAUUGUCUGUUGAUUUGUAGUGGUCUUCGUCGAUGGUGGAAAAGAUGUGACCUUCAUUGCUUAGGAACUCCACUGCUUGCCUGUUAGAGCACAACGAGAAAUAUUAAUGGUAUUUUGAAGCACUUUUUAUAUAAACCUCAAGUAUGCAAAUAAAACUUCUCAACAUAUUAAAA